AUGUUGCAGCCUGAAGGUGCCCAAGGCUUGGAGGAGGGGGCGGCCCUGAGAGCCUCUCGGAAUGACUGCAUCAUCUGCUACUCUGCCUACGACCCCUCAGCACACUUGCCUCGCUGCCGCCUCUAUUUUGGUCACACCUUCUGCCAGGCGUGUGUGUGGUGCCUGGAUACUCCAGCCUAUGAACAACACUGGAUCCCCUGCCCACAGUGCCGUCAAAGUACCUCUAUGCCCCGGGGAGGGGUGACCAUGUUGGACUUGGACCUGGCUGCCUUUCUGGCAAUUAAAGCUGAAAGGGAAGCAUCAAGAAUAGAAGUCAGGUCCUCUGUCCCCCUCAAAAGGUCCUCUCCCCUCAAAGUCAGCACUGCCAUCACUCUGAAGCCAGCGGGACUCUACCCCAUUGGGCCUCAACCCCACUUUCCUCAUCCUGGGUGCUGCUGCUAGGGCUGGGGAGGACUGUGAUGGUAUCCCCCUGGGAACCCUGAAGUCUAA